AUGAAUAAUAAUACUAAUAAUCCUGCUUCAAAUGCCGUUAAUUUACCAUACUUAGCUUACGUCCGUAGAAUGGUUUCUACUAAAAAAUCAGAAAAUGUAAGUUUAGUACGUCGUGAACUACGUUCUCAUCAUAAUUCAAUGACUGAAUACUCUAUAGAUCAUUUCCAUCAUCUAUUCAAUUUGAAUGCUGCUCAAGAUAAAUCUAACAGCUUAUCAAAUUUUGAAUUACAACCCCAAAUUAAUACUAAGAUGCGUGCAUUAAUCUUUGAUUUUAUUAUGUAUUCUCAUACAAGAUUGAAUCUUUGUACUGCUACAUUAUUUUUAACCUUUGAUAUCUUAGAUCGUUAUGCUUCGAAAUUCAUUGUGAAGUCUGGUAACUAUCAACUAUUGGCUUUAACUACAUUAUGGCUAGCAUCAAAAUAUUGGGAUGCUAAACAUCGUGUCGUUAACUUGACUACAUUAUGUCAACUAUGUUGUCAUCAAUAUUCAAAACAAAAUUUCAGAGAUAUGGAAUUACAUAUUUUGAAAUCCUUAAAUUGGGAUCUUUUCCAAACAACUACAUAUGAUUCUUUCAUCGAUAUGUUAUUAUUCAUGAAAAAUAAUGAUAUGGAAAAUCCUUUUGAAAUUCAAGACACUUUUGCUGUUUCAUCAAUUUUAAACUCUAAUUUGAAUAUUAAUGAAAUUAAAUUAGGUGCUAUCAUCGUUUGUGAACUUUUGUCAUUUGACAUUAUGAUCACUUCCACAUACGAUACUUACACAUUAACCAAAGCUGUUAUCACAUUACUUACUUUGUCAAUGAAUUAUCAAUAUUUUAAUAAAUUUGAAAACUUAAAUGAUAUCUGUAAUAAUGAUCAAGAAUUGGUUAAGAUUAUGAAUAAAUUAUUACAAAUUUGUUCUGGUGAUGCUAAUUUCCCAUCAAGUUUCAAAUUCAAACAUUUUAACAUGAAGAAGAAUGAGGGUGAAACCACUGCUAAUGAAAACGAAAAAUGUUCGAACAAUGAAAUUAAACCAAGUACAGCUGAAAAAUUGCUACAACACUUAACAAAUUACAAUCAUAAGGUACAAGCUGAUGAGUUUAUUCGUCUGCAACAAAUGGAGAUGUUCAACGAUCCAUUCUCUACUAUGUUUAGUGACACAAACUCAUUCACAAUCACAGAUCACGAUAUUGACAAUGAAAACGAAAUAUCGUCUACUGUCAUGUCAACUCCUAGACCAGGUUCGAUCACUCCAGUAUCUUCUGUAUCGUCCUCAUCUAGUCCGUUAAUGACCUUGUCAAUUGGUAGUAAACCUUCAUAUGUCGGAACACCUAUGCUUAAUGCUUUAAGUCAAAGCAGAUCAAACUCUAUUUCAACGUUGGCUGGUAUAGCACCAUAUCUAACAAGAAACCGUUCUAUUCAUGCUCCUAUAACGCCCACAACGCCCACAAUGUUUAGGAAACCAAGUAUCAGAAAGUUAAGUACAGCAUCUAAGAUGUCUGCUAUUUAUCCAAUACAUCAAAGAAAGAGAUCUUCUUCAAGCAAUGACGUUCAAUUCGAACAAUACGAGAAUCAUAAUAAACGUUAA